GUCAUUGAUCCUUCCUUGGACUGUUUUAGUGGGAAGGGCUAGUGAUUUUUAAAAUCCGAAUCACUCAGUUUUUGAUUCUCAGUAAAGUGUAGAUGACAGUGCCUGUCUCUCAGGAUUGCCGUGAAGAUCAAACAGAAAAUACAUGAAAAUGUGAGUUAAAAGUUAACGAUGAAAAUGUGCAUUUACCGCCCAGAUAAUUUUUUGGUCUCUGUAGGAAUUUAUCUCCUAGUAAAUAUUAGCUGACUUUAUUAUUAUUUUUAGGAAGGUUGUUGGGAUGACUCUUGGGAUGAGUCUUUAAGAUGUUUCUGAAAUUGCUCCCAAAUUAAGUGGAGUCAUAGGCGUCUCCCUGGUGUCUCCCAGUGUGGAUCCGUCUCUAGUCUCUGACCUCAUCACCUUGUGUUUUAGUUUGUCUUUCAUUGUCCUUGUGAUGACUGUAAGCAUCUUGGCCGCAGGGCUGCACGCAUGAAGUUACUGCUUGUAGUGGUGAGCGUGGAGCGCUGCCGGGGGUGGGGCGAGAGCCUGCGGAGGUCUGUGUUCCAGCCCCACCUCACACUUGCUAGCGGGGUGUUGCUUAAGAUUAAUGCCUCAGUUUCCUGAGCUGGAAAAGGGGAAGAAUAUCUGCUAAAUGAGGAUUAGGAAACAUGAGGUAUGUAAGUGCCUGGUAAGGAAGGGUUCUUGGCAAUUAUUAUUUGCGUGUGUGUCUGUUUUAAUGGAAAUAAUUCACAUACCAUACAAUUCAGCCAUUUAAAGUGAACAGUGUAGUGAUUUUUAAUAUAUUCAUGAGGUUGUGCCAACCAGCCCUCCCCCCAGCUCCUGGCAACUACUAAUCCUCUUUCUCUGGAUUUGUUGGUAAUUGUUGUUAAUCAUACUCAUGAUGGUAACUGCUUGGCCCCCUUGUUGUUCGCAUGGAAUGCCUUUGCUGGUUUUAUUGCCGCACAGGUCGAUGUCUUGGAGAGUGUGUGUGUAAUUAUAGCAACAGGAAAAUGUCACACUGAAGGCAGGAUCUGGACAUUAGUUCUGCUCUAAGGGAGCAAACAAAGUGAACUUUGCCCCCUGGCCUGGCAGCGCUGACUGUGCCCUGGAGGCGGGGCGCCUGCGUCCCGGUGGGGCGUGCUGCCGCUCCGCUCCGGUGGGCAGGAAUGGCAGGAGCAGCCAGCAGUGCUUUGUGAGAACGGUUGUCGGUAGUUUUUGUGUUGGCAAUUGGCUCUGCCGUUCAUGUCAUAUAGAACAUUUGAAACUGUUCUAGAUGCCGCUGGACGGCAUAUUGUUUUACGUAUUUCUCGUCAUGGUGUCUUGUUUUCUUAGGGGAGGGAGGAAAGACAGGAUUUGCCACCUCUGGGCCUUCACUUCCUCAUCUAUAAAAUGGGAACAGGACUUCAUGCUCUUGAGCCUAGUGGGCCUCUAGGCAAGAUGUCCCUGCCCAUCGGGAUGUACCGCCGGGCAUUCAGCUAUGAUGAUGCCCUUGAGGACCCUACACCCAUGACUCCUCCUCCAUCGGACAUGGGCAGCAUCCCUUGGAAGCCAGUGAUUCCAGAGCGCAAGUAUCAGGACCUCGCCAAGGUGGAGGAAGGAGAGGCCAGUGUCUCCUCCCGUGCCCCACCCCCACCAUCGGCCACUGACAGUGCGGACAAGGUCCCCGUGGUGAAGGCGAAAGCUACCCACGUCAUCAUGAGUUCUCUGAUCACAAAACAGACCCAGGAGAGCAUUCAGCGUUUUGAGCAACAGGCAGGGCUGAGAGAUGCUGGCUACACACCCCACAAGGGCCUCACCACCGAGGAGACCAAGUACCUUCGAGUGGCAGAAGCACUCCACAAACUAAAGCUCCAGAGUGGAGAGAUAACAAGAGAGGAGAAGCAGCCGGCCUCCACCCAGUCCACCCCAAGCAGCAGCCCCCACUCUUCCCCUAAGCAGAAGCCCAGAGGCUGGUUCACUUCUGGUUCUUCCACAGCUUUACCUGGCCCCAAUCUUAGCACCAUGGAUUCUGGAAGCGGGGAUAAAGACAGAAGCUCGGCAGAUAAAUGGAGCCUCUUUGGACCAAGAUCUCUCCAGAAGUCUGAUUCAGGAGGUUUUGCCGUCCAGGCCUACAAAGGAGCGCAGAAGCCUUCUCCAAUGGAACUGAUUCGCGCGCAGGCCACCCGAAUGGCCGAGGAUCCGGCAACAUUCAAGCCGCCCAAGAUGGACAUCCCAGUGAUGGAAGGGAAGAAACAGCCGCCGCGGGCCCACAGCCUCAAACCCCGGGACCUGAAUGUCCUCACACCCACCGGCUUCUAGAGCUCUGGCUAUUCCAGGGACUCUGGGUACAGGGUGUCUUGAGCCCAGCCCCCCUUUACCUUGGCUCUGACAUAGGAAAAGUUUUGUCUUUUUUUAAAAAUCUCUCACACUGAGGCUAGAGCUGGAGACAUAAUUGGUUUUUGAGAAACAUUCGUGCAAAGCUUGUGCUUGUGUGGAAGAAGCCCUUUUGUGUUUUCAUUUAAAGCUAGACUGAACCUCGGCAGUGGCGUAUGGGGACCUCAUUACCUACUCUUGUAUCAUUCACCCCAGCCAGGAACUCUGAUCAUUGCUCACUAGGUAACUAAUGUUUGUGUUGUUCCAGACCCAAGGCUCCUUGAUUCCUUUACCACUGUCCGUGUGCACACGGGCAGAUCACGCGUGGAGGCGUUCACGGACUAGGUUAGACGACUUUGGCCCUCUUGGCUGUGCUGGCACUCUGUGCUCCAGCCUUGUCGGUUAGGGGGACCCAAGGUCUGUCUGAGAUCUGGGUACAGUUAAGAGCCAGCCAUGGCAGGGAUCCCCCUUGGUUUUGUGCUGAAACUGGAGUCUCCUUGCUUUCCGGUAGGCCUCAUGGACCACUUUGUCCUGCAGCCAGUUCUUACUGUAGUACCUCUUGGGCCAGUGCUGCUGGAGGGAUGCUUCUCUUUGGUGUGACACAGAAGAAACACUAGUCUUACAUAUCCUUUGUUGCACUUUAAAGUGAGAUUAAUUUAACUCCCAUUUGGUUGAAAACUUCCUAAGGGAGAAAAUUUAGUGUACUGGUCUGGUAUAGAUAAAACAGGUGUUAAACUUUUUUAAUGAAGGUGGCGGCAGCAGUUCGAGUAUAGUCUUGAGGUUCACAUGAAACUAGUGUCACCCUAUUUUGAUUUUCUUGUUCAGGACAGGGCCUGAAAAAUUUUUUCCUGGGAGGUGGAAGAAUUAAAAAAUUUUCUGUAUGCAAUCAUUUCCCCCCCAAAUGAGCCUCAUACCUUUAUAAACAUGUACCUCACUGAGGAAAGGAACUAGGGAAACAACCUUCUCAUUUCUCCUCACUGUGUACUUGUUCAAUCAUUGUCUUGAACACUGUCUCAAAUUCCUGCUGUCUCUUGCUUUGGACAGUAUGGUGUCUACACAAGGAGCUGAGCUGACCUUCCCACAGAGACGUCCUGGAGUCUAAAAGGAUCAGGACAAUUAAUUUAUUUGUGUCUUCUGUUGUGCUUGUAUCUCUUACUUGUUUUGACAAUAAAAAUCCUUACUACUUUCUCAAAUGUGGAUGGCAGUUUUUUU